AAGAACAUUGCAGCAGAGGCACAGAAGGAGACUGCAAGAGAAGCAGGGAAUUACACAUAAAAACAGCCGAACCAGAACACCCUCCCCUGGACACACCCUGCUGAGGAUCACUGCUUCUCUUUUUUCUGAACCAUCGCCCACGCCACUCGGAGAGAACACUCUCCCUCAUCAUCAUCCAGUAGAAAACCCCUUUCUCCUCAUUUUCAUCCUAUAGAGGACACCUACAAUCUCAGAGGGCUGAGAUUCCCUGGCGAAGAUUGUAUUUUUUUCAUUUUUUUCUUUUUUUUUUCUUUUGAUUUGGACUCCUGACAGAACAUAAGGGCCACAUAAUAUUAAGGCCGAAGAUCAAACAGAGACUCAGCAUUCAGCUUCAAGACCAGUGCAAAGAAGGACCUAGAUUUCUUUCAUUGUACGUCAAGAAUGGUUACUCAGAUAAUCAGCACCAUGGAAACCCAGGUGUCCAACGGUCCCAGCGGAACCAGUCUGCCAAACGGUCCAGUCAUUAGCACCAAUGGCUCCACAGACGACAGCAAAACCAACCUGAUCGUCAACUAUCUGCCUCAGAACAUGACCCAGGAAGAGUUCAAAAGUUUGUUUGGUAGCAUCGGAGAGAUUGAGUCCUGCAAACUAGUCAGAGACAAGAUAACAGGUCAGAGUUUGGGAUAUGGCUUUGUAAAUUAUGUGGAUCCAAAUGAUGCAGAUAAGGCCAUCAACACACUCAAUGGUCUCAAACUGCAGACUAAAACAAUCAAGGUAUCAUAUGCCCGGCCAAGCUCGGCAUCUAUUCGUGAUGCCAAUCUAUAUGUGAGUGGACUCCCCAAAACCAUGAGCCAGAAGGACAUGGAACAGUUGUUCUCCCAAUAUGGUCGCAUCAUCACAUCCCGCAUUCUAGUGGACCAGGUCACAGGCAUAUCACGAGGAGUGGGCUUCAUCCGGUUUGACAAGCGAAAUGAAGCGGAGGAGGCCAUCAAAGGUCUGAACGGACAGAAGCCUUUGGGUGCCGCUGAGCCAAUCACUGUCAAAUUCGCCAACAACCCCAGCCAGAAGACGGGCCAGGCCUUACUGACUCAGCUGUACCAGACGGCUGCCCGCCGCUACACGGGGCCCCUCCACCACCAGACUCAGCGUUUCAGCAUGAUCCCUUCACUUGGAAAGGGACCAGAUCCAAAUAACAGCUCAAAACCAAUACUCGACAAUUUACUAAACGCCAGCUACGGAGUCAAGAGCUCUCCUACUCUCUUCCCCAGAUUCUCCCCCAUCACAAUUGACAGCAUGACCAGUCUGGCCGGAGUCAACCUCACUGGUCCAACUGGAGCCGGCUGGUGCAUCUUUGUAUACAACCUGUCCCCUGAGGCGGAUGAGAGCGUCCUGUGGCAGCUCUUUGGGCCCUUCGGCGCUGUCACCAAUGUCAAGGUCAUCCGUGACUUCACCACCAACAAAUGUAAGGGCUUUGGCUUUGUCACGAUGACCAAUUACGACGAAGCUGCCAUGGCUAUCGCUAGCCUUAAUGGCUACCGCCUGGGUGACCGCGUGCUGCAGGUUUCCUUCAAGACCAGCAAGCAGCACAAGGCCUGAGAGAGAGAGGCUGCUGGCACCAGCUCCUUCGACCUGCAGGGAGGGCCACCUGAGCUCCCUCUGCCUUCACUCUACCUGGGCCUGGACUGAGUCUCUCUCUGACACAUUCUCACACAAAUUCAUGAUAUAUUACCCCAAACACAAACAGGCAGAUACACACCCACAUGCACACACAUGACCAAACAUAUCCAUACUCAAGCAUACACGAGUCAGAGUAUCAAACACACUAGUGGAGUUUUUCUUUUCUCUUUACACAACAUGCUAGUCCUUCCCUAUAUAUUUGCCUGGAUUGAAUUAGAAGGGGUACGUAGCUGGUUUGUUGGGUAGGGGCAAGAGCUAUCUAUUUAGGAGACAGUCUAACGAAUGUGACAGAGAAUGUGUACUGAGUGCUUUGAUUGAAUUCAGGCAAAUGAAGACAACUGAUGAACAAAUCGAUCAAAAAAAAUUUAAAUGAUAGAAUAUGUGCAAUUUACCUUAACUCUUACCCCACCAUCUCUCCCUUUAUCCUGCUGGAGAGGAUGUAGUCACUUUUUUACACUUGGGCAUUUUGAAUCAGCGAUUUUUUUAGAUCAAAGAAAAUGAAAUUAAAAAACAGUGUUCUCUUAUAUACGUCUAUUAAAAAAAUAUAACUAUAUAUUUAAGGUGGUAUAAUAGCCGAGUAUGUAAGCAUUUUCUAGAAACUUUGACUACUGUUUCCUGACCUUCAUUAGGUGGUGCCUAGCGUAAAGGCAGUUUCUCUACCCUAUGUGAGCUUGUUAGCUCAGACCUAAUUAGAUAUAGGUCAACCAAUGAAUACUGGUCACAGAGAAGAGCAGUCCGAAGGCCGUCAGAAUCACUCUUUCCCUCAUAGUCUCACACCGAACAACACAAUAGUACACGUAUGUAUAACACAAACAUAGAUCAAAGUCUAGGAGAUAUAUAAAUCUAAAAAAAAAAUUUAGUUCACAGAAAAAGUUCCUGUAUUUCUUCUAACCUAUCUUCAGGAUGGUCCUCACACAAACAGAGUGUCUGUAAACUCAGAGCAGAGUGGCAGAGCUCCCAUGCUGACAGUGUUCAUAGGUAACUCUCCCGUGGGCAGGAGUAGACGAGAGCGAGGGGGAAUCAUUUCACAGCCACAGCCAAAGAAAAAUACCGGUGUUUUCUCUCUUUCUGUGCCACUUCUUCACUGAACCUGAACUUUAGAUUCACCAUUUUGAAUGGAGCCACUUUGUGAGCCAUGGUUUGGGUUGACAUCUCUCUUUAUAUCAACCCACCCCAUUGACUGACAAACAGUCUUAAGAGGUCUGAAGUAACACAGAUGAGCAAAAAAACCCAAGAGCACCGGUAUUAUUCUUCAGUCUAGUGAAGAGGUAGAAGCUCAAACGUGAGGUUUAGGUUUACCAUUCUGUUGAACAUAUAAAGUAGUACUUUAAAAAAAGAGCAGAUUAAGAGAACAUUUAAAACUGACUUCAGAGUCAGGUGUGUGAGCGAUGAUAUCUGGCAAUGUUAAAAAAGAUCACUUUUCCACCGAGGCGAAAGAUUACCACUUCCUUCAGCUUUGCCAAAUGUUUCUCGAUUUUAUUUAAAAACCUUUUAUUCUCUUAAAAAAAAAGCUUCCCAGGAAAUCUGAACUCCUGCCCUCUCAAAUAAUGACUGUACAACAUCAAGCCUACAAAUUACUGUCAUAAUUAUACUUCUGUUUACAGCAGAACGAUUUGUAUUUAUUUGCUUCAGAUCUGUUUGGCCCUACCACAAAAAUAGCAUUUCUCUAAAUAUCCCUAACCCAAAUGCAUGAAAAUUAUUUAUGGAACCCUUGAUGAAACAUUAAUGCCAACCUGUCUAGUUGAAUGUCUGUUAAAGACCAGACCUAGAUGUACCAUGGGGGAGAGCUAAUGUCUAACAAUAUCAAGACAUUUGCACAUGAUAAUAGAUUAAAUAAGGUCAAGUAUAUCAAGACAUUUUUGCUUUUGCUUUUCUAAAUGACGCUGUGUUAGCCAAAGAGGACGAUCUCUUUGAAAGGAUUACAUUAGAGAUAAAUCUAUUUUUAUACAUACAAAGGAACAAGACCUUGUGCUGAAUUUUUACAGAUUCUUAAGCUUGGAAAAAUUGGGACAUCGCAUGGCUUUAUUUUAAACCCUCUGAUCUUUGCAGAGUAAGGGGGAAUAAGCAUGCGGUGUAUGGGAGGGGAUUUAGGGAGGGGGCGAAGGAACAUUGUAUCUCAUACAAACAUAACUGUUCAAGCAUAUGGAGACGAUUGAAACAAACUGAACAAAAACAAAUUAGAUGUAAAAAAGAAAGAAAAAUAAAUUAAAUGUAAAGUUAGGGUACAACCUGACAGACACAUCUGUACUCUUGAGUGCGUGAACACACACUCCCAUCAUUUGUCCUGGAUUUGUGUACAGUGUUGCUUUAAUGAUGGUGCAGUGAAGUGAAGUUCUUUGACUUGAGAAUCCCAGACAAAGCUGCAGUGAGACUGGCUCACUGCCCAGCUGAAAAAAAAACAAACGGAAUAGCUGCUUGCAAAUAAAAAGGUUAAAAACACAGAUUCAAACAGUGAUACAGAUUCAUUAUGAACACUGAGCAUGAUUCUUCAUGAUUAGAUAGAUUUGAUUUUUUGCCAAAGAAUUGCUUCGCAAGUCAGUUGCAAGAAGGAUUAAUUAAGACUAACUAUAUUAUUCCCUGAGUAAUUGCUGUACAAAUCUAUGUUAUUUAUUGAAUAAGGACCCUCUCCAAUUUCUGUUAUCUUAAGUUGCGCAUAUCAGUUUGCAUUUGUUAAUCUUACAACGACUAAAACCAAAUGCUAAAAAUGAAACAGAUAAAGUCAUCCAAUUUGCACACGACGAAUAAAAAAGGCAUAUCAGAGAUUUAAAAAACCUUAAUGAUGAUCACCUCUAGACGAAGGAAACAAUUGUACACAUCCAUAUAAUGUAUUUCCCCCCCGACAUGUAAAUCAUUGCUUCGUCUCGUGACCAAUUGAAUCCUUUAAAAAAUGUAAACACUGCACACCUUACUCUGGCAUCUUCUGAUCUGACUCAUACUGUUUCAUCCCUGAAAUACUCUGAAUGAUAGUUGCUUUUGUGUUCAGAGCUGGCCACAUAAAAAGGUCUCAUCUAGAUCAUUUUUGGGGUCGAGCAAUUUGCAAAAAGAGAGAGAGCACCAUAGGACUGAGCACUUGGUGAGACGAGUGAUAGACGUUUAGAAACAACCGAGAUAACAGGCCACGUUGAACUGCAGCUGGAGUUGUUUACCCAGCCAUGUCCGAUGUAGUACAGUCAACCCACAAAGCAAUCCCACAGCCUGAAAACACCUUUCAUACACAGCCUAUAAAAAGACCUACAACCUGAUGAACAGUAGAGAGCCAAGGACCAUGGCAGGAAACAGUACUACACUGCUUGAGCAACAACAACAAUAAUCAUUGAAAAAGACAAAAAAACUUUCCUAUGGAACAGUAAGUGCAAUGUGCUUUGUUUUUAUAUUGACUGAUUACAAAUGAUAUAUAUUUUUUAAAAAAGAAAUUAAACGUCACACUUGAAAGGUUUGCAGGAUAACGAAAGGAGCAAAAGUUCAGACGAAACAGACUCAUUAAGAAAAAAAUCAAACAAUCAAUGAGAGCUCGGAUCUCGACAUUUCCAUAAUCACUUCCUCAGCCCCCUAAUUUGUGCUCUGACCAUGCAAGCUCGACAAAAAAAAGCAUAUCUGGCUGACUUAAAAGAGCAAUUCUUAACGACCUUGAAAGGAAUACUGUCUAAUAUAUCAUCAGUUUUAGCCCAUGUCAAUUUCAAAUAUCAUUUUUUUUUCUUGUAAUUUAUUGAUUUCAUUUACAUAUCAAGACUCACUUGUUAAAUUAGCGUAUUUGUGUUGUUGAUGUUGCCAUAGAGAACACACAUGGGUCAAAGAUUUUUGUUCGGUUGCAUUGAUUGGGUAAUGUUUUAUUUUCUUCCAUUAUUUAAUUAGUUGCAGUUUUGACGGUGUAUGCAGAUUUUAGACUUAGUUAGACUUUUUUUAUUUCAAUCAAACUGUGUUCAAUUGUGUUUGUAAAAGUCUGUGGUAGCUUUCGUUGCAACAUAAAAAUAAUUUAAACAGAAAAAAUUCAAAAUAGCGCCAACAAACUUGUAUUAUUUGGGCGACUUUAAGCUUGUAGUUUUAACUUAUUGUUAACUUAAAAACUAUUUAUUAUGAUUAUUAUUAUUAUUGCCUCGUAUAAAGUAUGUUUUGUGUAUAUUUAUGGUUUAUUUCAUUAUAUUUGCAAGUUUAAAAGAUUUUAAGUUUGCCAAAAUUGUGGUUACACCAUUUCGUUUCUUAAAAAGGGGGACAAAUAGAAAAACAGCUUUAGAAGUAUGAUUUGGAAAUGUUCUCCAUAGUCAAAGAAUGCACUGCUAUAUUUACCUAAUUGAAGUGUAUAAACAUACAUGCUGUGUGCUAGAUGUUAUGCCUUUACUGCCUGUGUUCUGUUUGUCUUGUUAAAUGAAUAUCUUUUAAUUAUUUAAUCUAAUCACAGUCUUGUUUUUUCAACCACUCGGUGAACCCCUGAGACACGAGACGUCCCUGUAGCGAGGCUUUCGGCCCAUCUGGCCCAUCCGGCCGGGGUCCAGCAAUUAGCCAACAACAGGGUGGUGUCCUUGGUUUUGACUUGUUAAAGACUCUCAAGAUGCUUUCCUGUUUAAGCUGAUGGUUCAAAAUGUACUUUAAAAAAAAGAUAAUGAUUCCUUAUCUGGAAGAGCACUGAAUUCAGAAAUCACCUGAAUGAAUUUGUCCGAUUGAAACUAAUAUUUUCUGAAGCAAUGAGAUGCAAAGACAAACCGGGCCAAGAGCCGAGGCAUAAUAAAACAGUGCUGAAAAAAAGCUGCAAGAAGGUUUUCUUGGGAGUCUCUAGGGUAGUAAUGGGGUGAGUGGUCCUUCUGUUUCUCAACCAACUGUAUUUUGUGUCUAUUUAUUUAGAAGAGGGGACGCAGUAACUUAGUGAUGUUUUUCUUACAUUUUCCUGGAAUGGUAGAACAAAUCAAAAGGUGAAAAUGAUCAAAACAGUUCUGCUGACACCACUGUCAGUGGAAAGAAAUACAAAAAUCUCAUACUUCCAAACAUGACCAAAUGAUCAAAGUCAAAAUUUAACAAAGAAAAACAAAUGAAAACCUUUCAGUUUAGUCUAGGAUAUUUAUUACUGGGAUUUCAGCUGAAGACGCUUGAAGACUUUUUCAUGGAAUUGUUUAAUUAUUUGUACUUUACAUGCCAGAAAAAAAUAAAAUAAAAGUUACAAAUAUUGA